UGAUCUAAUCUUGCAACAUGGCAGCCAAGUUUGUAGUAGCCUUGACGUGUUUCGCCCUUUGUCACUCCAGUCCAAUCAUUUUGAAUGGUUAUUUAUAUCGCGACGGACGCAACUUUGCGACCGGUCAAGGCUACACAAAUGGCUAUGGCGGACGAGCAACGGGUUCAGCGACAAUUGAAGGUGGUGCAAUUAAUGCUUAUGGAAGCGCAUCAACCGACGAGCAGAAUUUCUUAAACAGAAACAUUGGCUACGGCGAAGCGUAUCCUGGUCAAGCGAUCGCAAAAGCUGAAAUCUACGAUUCACCUCAAGUUCCUGUUUACGGAUCAGCCAAAGCUGAAGCCCAAAACAUGCCAACUUACUACGCUAUCCCAGCACCUGCAACUAUUAUGUCUUACGAACAAAACUUCGAAGUUCCCGCUGAAAUAAGAUACACAAUGCCCGCUAACGGUGGUGUUUCUGCCGAGUCAUCUGCUGUACUUAAUGGUAACUCUGAAUCUUCAAUCACUUCAGCUAGGACCGAUGGUACUGGUGCCGCCGAAUCUUCUGCCAAAACCCAAGGCAUUGGUAGCUACGUAAUUACAGCUUCUAAUGCAAAAACGGCUGGAAGUUCAGGAUCUGCUUACUCUGAUGCUAACAACGCUCACGGAUUAACCAACAUUAUGACCAAAACCGACGGAUUUGGCUCGGCCUUGUCAAAAUCCCAAAACGGACUUGGAUUGACUUCGGCUGAAUCUCAAUCAAACGGUGGUUCUGCUACUUCUUCGGCCAAAAACACUGUCGAUUCCAUUAUUGCAACAGCUAAUACUCAGGGUUACGGAACUGCUUCCUCGAACAUCGACACUAGAAACAUCCAAAACGUUCACCAGAGAGGAAUCCAUUGGCGAUUCGGUACUGCUUUUGACACUCCUUCUGGUCAAGCUCACGCCACUAGCCAAUCUCAUGGAGGUUCAGCUAAAUCGACUGCCCAAACAAAUGGUUAUGGAACAAUCCAAUCCACUGCUGAUACUCAAGGUUACGGAUCUGCUGAUGCAAACGCUAACAUGAAUGGAAUUGGCUAUGUUCAUUCUGUUGCCAACAACAAUGGUCUUGGUUAUGGUUCCGCAAAGUCCACCGCUAACACAAAUGGAUACGGUUCAGCAAACUCCAUUGCCAACACAAACGGCCUUGGUAUCGCUAAAUCUUCAGCUAACACUCAAGGAGCAGGCUAUGGUAACGCAGACGCUCGUGCUGACAUUAACAGCGCGGGAACUAUUACCUCUGCUGCUAACACUAACGGAUACGGAAAAGCCACAUCUACAGCUAAUACUGACAUGGGUGCACUUCGGUAUGAUGGAAUCUACGGUGGUUCUCGAACAAUUGCUAAUGCUCAAACUUCUGGACAGGGCACAGCAUCUUCUUCCGCUAGAACUCAAGGAAUGAACGCUGCCUACAGGGUAGUCAACACAUCUGCCAACAGCUUUGGCCACGGCACCGCUCAGGCUAACGCUAGUGCCUAAAGAACGUUAGUUUUUACAACAAAAAGCAAAUCACACCAAGACGACU